CCACCAUGCGGCCCUUCCUCACCACCUUCGCCGUCCUCGCCGCCGCCACCUCCAUCCACGCCCUCACCAGGGAAGACUACCUCAACGCUACCGAGAACUUCAUCCAGCAGUAUCUCUCACCCAACAACGAAAAGGUCGCGAACAGUAUCAACAGUACACUGUUUGCUGAGAAUGUUACUGGCACCGUGGAUAUCUCUACCAACUUUGACGGGCGUGAACUCGCAACGGAAUACCUUUUCGGCUUCUUUGUUGGCCAAGCAAAAGAUGCCACUGACCCGUCUCCGUACGGUAUCCCCGUCUCUUACAAGUACUCGGCAUUGAUGAUCCAAGAACCCUACGUCCAAGCUUCCGUCAAGUUCGGCUUCUACUACCCAGUACUCAACACUACCGUGCCAGUGCAGAUCGACAUCUGGUUCUUGUUCAACGACAACUUGGAAGUGCAGCAGUACGACCUCGUCCUCCGCCGAGCCGCUUGGGCAUUCGAAGACCUCGCACCCUACCUAACCCCCUUCAUGGCCGCCCGCCUCUCCCUCCCCCAAAACACCUCCCAACCCACCAUCCUCCGCUCCUACUUUACCCAAAAAAUCUGUUCCACCGCCCUCUCCUACUGCAACGGCACCAACCAGCAAUACGCCUCUUUCGAAGACUGCGAAGAACAGCUGGGAGGGAAGGAUCUGGGCGAGUGGUUUAGGGCGGGUGAUGAUAAUUUGGUGUGCAGGAAUUUGCAUGUGCCGAUGGUGCCGUUGAGGCCCCAGGUGCAUUGUGAGCAUGUGGGGCCUAGUGGGGGGGAUAUGUGUAUUCCUAGGAACUAUUCGCAAGUGGUACUUGACGAACACUUUCCAGCUGGCUUUUUGGCUCAACAGCCGCAUCAAGUAUCUGGCGACGCUUCCUCCUCUCCUUCUUCUCCUUCUCCACCCACAGACGACGAUGAGGAGGAUGGUGACGAAGAGGAAGAGGAAGAGGAGGAAGAGUAGAGACAUUCGGGUAUUUAGGUAUUCAUUGAUAGCGCGGCGGAUGGUGGGCCGGGGUGGGAGCAGAAGCAUUACGACAUCGAGCUGAGGAGGUGCUCUUCUUCAUUUACGAUUUACGAUUUACAAUGGGUUAUAGUAUAAUACUGUUCAUGGACUCUGGGCAUGUAUAAACAUGAGAA